UCUAUGAACCACCAUUUUUUUCUCAGAUGAUGAUUUCUUCCUGGAGAAAGAGAAUAGCAGCAAAGCGUGCAGGGAAAGAGCAGCAAAGGAACGGAAAUGGCGAAAUGGAGCUAAUGAUCCCAAGAGAUUUCAGGUGUCCUAUAUCGCUAGACUUGAAGAACGAUCCGGUCACGUUGUCUUCGGGGAUAACGUACGAUCGAGAGAGCAUCGAGAAGUCAAGGAAAACAAUGUUCCCUCUCGAUGGAGAAGCCAAGGGUUACUUACGCUCAGUCUCGGCAAUGCAUUGUUUGAUAUGGUUUUUAAGCAGCGGAGACUUAUCUAGGCGAAGAAAUUCAGUUUUGGCCUUAAAGGAGCUCGUUUCAUCAAUGGAAGAUCAAAGAAAAACACUGAGUUUAUUAUCAGAGAUCGAAGGUUCCAUCGAACCAUUGUUCAAGCUUAUCAAAAACCCAAUCUGCUCAACAUCAACAAAAGCAUCAUUAACCAUCAUUUACCAUAUGAUCACAUCGUCUUCAACCUCGAGUUCAACAAGGCAAAAACAAGUUACCAAACUCGUAAACCUAGGCAUAGUCCCAUUGCUCCUAGAAACACUCGUGGACGCCGAAAGGACGAUGUGCGAGAAAGCCUUGGGUGUUCUCGACGGCAUCGUCAACAACGAACAAGGCAGGGAAAUGGCCCGUGACAAUGCGCUGACGAUGCCGGUUUUGGUUAAGAAAAUCCUCAGAGUUUCGAACUCGGCAACUGAGUUCUCUGUCUCCAUUUUGCAUAAGCUUUGCAAGACCGAGAAACGUGAAGAUGGUGGAGUACUUGUUGAAGCUCUUCAAGUGGGUGCUUUUCAAAAACUUCUGCUGCUAAUGCAGCUUGGGUGUGUGGAGAAGACGAAGGAGAGGGUUUCGGAGUUGUUGAAAAUGCUGAAUCUUCAUAGAAACAAAGUAGAAUGUGUUGAUCCAAUGGACAAUUUCAGAGAUCUCAAAAGACCUUUUUAAGG